AUGGACGAUCCCUCCCUGCGCGCGCUGACCGAGGCAACGGCCGGUGCUGUGGGUGGCCUGCUGAGCACCACCAUCCUAUACCCGCUUGACACGUGUAAAACGAGAUUCCAAGCGGAGGCGGCUUCCGAAGGUCGAAAACGGUACAGCAACAUCGCGGACGUGCUGCGCGAGGCGGUGGCGAGCGGCGACAUAUCCUCUUUAUACGCGGGGCUGGCGACGAAGAACAUGCAGUCCGUGCUCACGGGCUUCGUCUACUUCUACGCCUACUCCUUCUUCAAGAGCCGCUACCUCGCCUCCGCGCAACAGAAGAACCUCGGCCUGCUCGCCAAUCUCGCCGUCGCCGCCUCCGCCGGGGCGUGCACCGCUGUCGUCACGCAGCCGUGGGACACACUAUCGGCGCGCAUGCAGACGAGUCGGCCGGGCGAGAGCAAGGGGUUCGUGCAGAUGCUGCGCGAGGGCGGGCUCGCGCACGCCUUCGACGGGCUGGGCGUGUCGCUGCUGCUCGUCUCCAACCCCGCCAUCCAGUACACCAUGUUUGAGCAGAUCAAGACGCGCUGGCUGCGCCGCAAUGCCACACUCGCAGCGCAAGCGGACCGCUGUGGCCCACCGCCAGUGCUGUCGGCAGCAGCAGCGUUCAUCAUCGGCGCGCUGUCCAAGACCAUCGCCACCAUUGCCACAUACCCUGCCAUCAGGUGCAAGGUGAUGAUGCAGCGGGCGGAGACGGAGGAGGAGAAGCAGCGCAGGGCAGCAGGAGACCUCACGGCCGGCGCUCCAAAGUCCAUGGCGCUGGCAAUGCGGGUGAUAUGGCAGACGGAGGGACUGCCGGGGUUCUUCAAGGGCAUACAGGCGCAGAUCCUCAAGACAGUGCUGUCGUCCGCGCUCAUGCUCAUGAUCAAGGAGCAGGUCUCCUUCACCUCGCGCUCCCUCGUCCUCGCCAUCCACCGCGCCCUCUCCUCCCUCUCCUCCUCCACUGCAGCGCCACGUAAACCUGCUGCUGUUGUUGCGCUUCCAGCGGCUGUUAAGGCAGUUCCUGUUCAGAGCGACGGCGAAAGCAACGACGACGUGUCGUCGCCGCGGUCCAUAGCUGCGGGGCUGCACCGCCGCUACCGCGCCGUCGUUGACAGCGGCUACCGCGACCACCUCAAUGAGUUCGCGCGAGCAGCAGUGGCGGCGUAUGCGGUGGGGUGCACGGAGGAGGGGCUACGGCGGGAGCUCACUGCACUGCUCUCCGUGCAGCCCCCUGGACCUCGCUCCACGGCAGCACCAACGGCCGGAGCAGCAGCAGGAAUAUUUGAAACAGCAACAGGAACGGAAGCAGCAGCAGUAACGGACACAGCAGCACUAACGGAAGCAGCAGCAGUAACGGACACAGCAGCACUAACGGAAGCAGCAGCAAGAGCUGCAGAGGAAACAGACUUGUCAUUGUCGCCCCUGUCGUUUGCCUCGUCUGUGCCAGCCGCAGCAGUUCUUUCCGCAGAAUCACGACACGAGGUGCGGGAGUGUGUGCUGUGGGUGGCGAUAGUGUUUGUGACGAUAGCGGUGCUGCCGCAGCCAGUGGUGACGCGCUGGGCCAUGUCCAAGGCAGCGUCACCCGACUCGCUCGUGCACUGGAAGGGCUUCUGCUCCCUCAUCGCCAACGCUUACUAUACACAGGGCAUGGCCUGGUACUCAGUGGGGCGGCUGCAGAUGGAGCAGAUGGCAGUGGCGGGAGUGGCGGAGCCAGCAGCGGUAGUGGCGGACAGGAUGCGCCUCGUCUUCACCACCCUCGAGGUCCUCCGCGCACUCGACUUAAUAGAUUUUUCCGCCCUAGAUUCCGCGAUGACGGACGUUUCAACGGAUCGACCAGCGGACACGUCUACGCCGUCGCAAGAGCUCCUGCUCGACGGGCUUUCGCUCCCCGCUCUCUUCGACAAGGCUUACGAUGUGCACUCUAGAGCCGAUUCGGAGACAGUUCCACCGGAGGAAUUGGAGCUGGCGAUAAAGUACCUGGCGGAAUGCACGUCGCGCAUCCGGCAUCUGGCGCUCUUCUCGUCCAACGAGGAGAUCGACGACGUCGCCACUGGAGACCUUAAAUACCUCCUGGUGCCAUGGCUGCACGCGGAUCUACUGCAGCGCGUCCCAGCAUUUCCCGCCGCACCUGCGCCAUCCUCAGCCGCCGCCGCCGCCGCUGCUCCUGCCAGCCCCGGUUCUUCCACCAUGCGCCCCUCCGCAUCCCCAGUCGCCAUCGCCUCUGCACGCACCGCCGCUCUCCGCACCUCGCUUCAAUACCUUGCUUCAUUUCUGGACUCCAUGGAUCGUCUCCGCGUGCCACUAGAGGCAGAGCGCUCGGAUGUGGUGCGCGCACACGCGCUCGCAGCCUCCACAGCAAGUGGCAGUGGGAAUGGGAGUGGGAAUGGUUCAGCCUCAGAGGUGAAGGACCUGGAUGCUACUGCCAAGCGAGCACUCAAGGUGCAGCGGUUCAAGCGCGAGCGCGAGCUGAAGGGGCGGCUGGAGGCCAUUCGGCGGCGCAGGGCGGAGCGGCAGCAGCGCGUGCGCAAGGCACGCCCGGGGGCCGGCGCACAGGCAGACGCAGGGGAGGAUGCCAGUGCUGAUGACGCUGCUGGUGCGGGCAGUGGCCUGGAGGAUGACGAUGAUGAUGAGGAGGUUGAUGACAGGGAGGCAUGGAUGUUGGCGCUGCGGCUUGCCAUUGUCAAGGCGUUGGAUCUCGUGGACUCACUUGCUCGUGAGCGACAGAUGCUGCAUGAGGCAGCUUCUGCUGAUUACAAAUUCCAGUCGGACCGCUCUGGAACAACCGCCAAUCCCUUUGCACCGGAGGCACUGGACGAUCGCUUGCGCAAGAGGGAGGGCUCCCACCGCGCAGCCGCUGCUGCAGCCGCCGCCGCCGCUGCAGGCGGCAGGCAACUAGUCCCCCCUCAAGCCAUCGCCUGCGCCACUCUCGCCCAGGACGUAAUCGAAGGCCGUGUGCCCCGUGAGGAGAUAGCCAAUCACCGCCACACCUCUCCCAUGGUCUUCGGCCCGAUGAGUCUCAUGAGUGCGGCUGCUAAAGCCGGGCCGGGGAGUGGGAGUGUGCUGGGGGGGGUCACUGGGAGUAUGUCUGGUAGUGGGUCUGCUGCUGCUCGGGACCCGCUGGCUUCGCUGCGGGUGUUCCAGCCGAGCCAUAGCGUUGCGAGGAUGAGUAUUGAGGAGGCGGGGGAGAGGGAGAUGGCGAUGAUGGCUGCUUGGAAGGAGCGGACGCGCAAGGAGAUGGAGGAGCAGGGCAUGAUUGUGAGGGAGGAUGAUGGGACGGGGCGGGGGAAGGGGAAGGGAGGAGAAGGGGAGGAUGAGGUGGAUGAGGAGGAGGAGGAGAGGCGGAUGGGCGGGAGGUAUUUGGAUGAUGAGGAGGAUGUGGAGAAGGCACGGAAGUGGGAUGAUUACACUGAUGACCAUCGGCGUGGGCCCGGGGGAGCGGGCAUGAUGAUGGGCAUGGGCGGAGGCAUGGGGGGGGGCAUGGGCGGAGGCAUGGGGGGCGCCAUGGGAUACCCAGGCGGCGGCGGGAUGCCGCGGGGGGGUCCGGGCGGGGGGGGAAUGCACAUGGGCGGCGGCGGCGGGGGCGGCGGUCCGCGCGCGCUGCCGGUGGUGAAGCUGCGCGGGCUGCCGUUCAGCUGCGAGGAGGGCGACGUGGCGGAGUUCUUCGCGGGCUUAGACAUCGUCGACGUGCUCUUCCUGCGCCGCGACUCUAAGUUCUCCGGCGAGGCGCUCGUCGUCUUCGCCAACGCCAUCCAGGCCGAGCUCUCGCUGCAGCGCAACCGCAUGAGCAUGGGGCGGCGGUACGUGGAGAUCUUCCGGUGCAAGCGCGCCGACUACUACAACGCUGUUGCCAACGAGGUCGCGCAGGACGGCGGCCAGUACAAGGGGCCAGGUGCGCUGGGGGGUGCGCUGGGGGGUGCGCUGGGGGGUGCGCUGGGGGCUGCGCUGGGGGCUGCGCUGCAUGGGGGAAUCAAUGAGUCUUUUGAACCGGCACGAUUCGUUACCUGCUGUCUUUCAACCUCCUCCCUCAACCUCCUCUCUCCCUGCUCUCUCAUUUACGCAACGCUCUCGUCCCACUCACCUUCCCUUCUCUCCUCUCCCCUCCUAAUCCCCUCCAUGCCCCCUCUCCCCCUCACUCCCCCCUUCCCCCACUCUCCCCUCCCGCGCACGUCCCUCCCCGCUCCCCCUGCAGAAACACAAGGGCAUCAAGGGGCGGGGCGCAUGGGGGGGGGAAGGGGGUACCGCGCGUAUGGGGAGGGGGGGGGCGGGGGCAUGGACGGGCAUCCAGCAGUGGAGCACACAGGCGUGCUCAAACUGAGAGGCAUUCCUUACUCCGCCACUAAACAGGACAUAGUGGCGUUCUUCGACGGCUUCCCUCUCUCCGAGGCCAGUGUGCACAUAGUCGUGGCUGCGGACGGUCGCAGCACAGGAGAGGCCUUUGCGGAGUUUGCCUCCCCGGCCGAUGCAGCAGCAGCCAUGGGGCGAGACCACUCGCGCAUGGGCACACGCUACGUGGAGCUCUUUGCUUCCUCGCGGGAAGAGGCCGCUCGAGGCGUGGCCAAGGCUAAGUGA